GGUCACAAGACAGUUGGGUGUCAGCCUACGAAACAUCUGUAUAGUAUAAGCGAGGCAUGAGGGCUUAUUCAGUCCUUGUGUGAUCUGAUCAGUGGAACACGAGAGCCUCUGUCUGUGUUUGAACGCCUCUCCGAACCUGGUGCUGCACUAAUCCAACACUGAACACGAACCGCAAGAUUGUCCAUCGAGAAUCAUGACGGCCAUCAAUGCACCUCGGGACAAAUACAAUUCAGUAUGGCUCAUUUUCUUCAUCCUGGGCUUGGGAAGCCUCUUGCCAUGGAAUUUCUUCAUGACGGCAACAAUGUACUUCACCAGCAGACUGAAGGACUCCAAUCAGACGGCCAACGAGACGGCCGGAGACUCUCGCAAUGUGCUGGAGUCCAAGUUCAACAACGUGAUGACGCUGUGCGCCAUGGUGCCUCUGCUCAUCUUCACCUGUCUCAACUCCUUCAUACACCAGAGGAUUCCUCAGAAAUUGAGAAUCUCUGGCAGCUUGACGGUCAUCCUGGUGGUUUUUCUGGUGACAGCGGUGGUUGUUAAAGUAGAACUGGCUCCUCUUCCCUUCUUUGUCCUGACCAUGGUCAAAAUUGUCUGCAUCAACUCAUUUGGGGCGAUUUUUCAGAGCAGUCUGUUCGGGCUGGCAGGGAUUCUACCUGCCUCUUACACCACUCCCAUCAUGAGCGGACAGGGGCUGGCCGGCACCUUCGCUGCCUUCUCCAUGAUCUGCGCUCUGGCCAGUGGGUCAGAACUGCAGGACAGUGCUUUUGGUUACUUCAUCACAGCUUGUGUUGUGAUUCUUCUGGCUAUAAUGUCCUACCUCACUCUUCCCAAGAUGGAGUUCUUCCAGUACUGCAUGGAGAGCAGUAGAUGUGCACCAUCAGCCGAUGAGGAGAACAAGAUGGACUUGCUCAAAAAAGAAAGUGAAGCUGAAAAGCGGCCGGUGGUGAAUCUGAUGGAAGAUGAGACCAAACCCACCUCGUCUGUGCUUAAUAUCUUCAAGCAGAUUUGGGUGAUGGCUCUGUCUGUGUGCUUCAUCUUCACUGUCACCAUUGGAGUUUUUCCAGCCGUGACCGUCGAUGUCAAGUCGACAGUUGCUGAUGGAGGUGUCUGGGAAAAGUACUUCAUCCCUGUGUCAUGUUUCCUCCUUUUCAACGUGAUGGACUGGGCUGGCAGGAGUCUGACGGCCGUCUGUAUGUGGCCGGGCAAGGACAGCAUCUGGCUUCCAAUCCUCGUGGGCCUGCGGGUCGUCUUCAUCCCCCUCUUCAUGCUCUGUAAUGUCCAGCCUCGUGUGAUUUCCCAAACCGUGUGGUUCAGCCACGAUGCCUGGUACAUCAUCUUCAUGAUCUUGUUCUCCUUUUCCAAUGGAUACCUGGCCAGCCUCUGCAUGUGCUUUGGACCCAAGAAGGUGUCGCAGCACGAGGCAGAGACGGCGGGGGCCAUCAUGGCCUUCUUCUUGUCCCUCGGCUUGGCACUGGGAGCUGCUGUCUCCUUUGGUUUCCGGGCUGCGAUCUAAAACCUGCAGUAGAACCUCAAGUAGAUUUAGGUGGACCAUCCUUUCUUCCAACACCUUCCCUGUCAUGAUCCUGUAUGGGAGCAGCUUUCAGUAACAGAGAGGAGACUGCACAGCAGGCUAGAGGACCUCAGUUUUCGACAUGUGUACAGUUGAGACUCAUCCAGUCAUCGAGAGCUUUUUUUUCCAGAAGCACAGUGUGCAAACUUUUGUUUCUCCUGUUUUUGAGGACAUUUUCUAAUUGGUAACCACUGAUUAGAUCGAUUGUUUAAGUGCAAAUCAAAACCAAAACUUUUAGUUUUAGUGUACUUGUUAUAGAAGAGCAGAAAUUCUUUGCAGCACAGACUCAUUGAUCAAUUGUUAUUUAAAAAAAAAACAGGAUUAAAAUGUUUUAAAAUAAGUUACUUAAAGGAAUCAUUUUUAAAGAACAAAUCUGUCGUUAAUGAGGUUUUUAGAUGGUGCUCUGUGGCUCAUCACUCCAGACCGUUGCAGUCUUUCAAGCCAAAUAAAUGACGACAAAACGGGAAAAUCUUGAACUCUGAAGGGAAAUCUUGACCCAUCACACGGCUAACGAACUGCUUCACUCCUCUCUGCUCUAUUUUUUUUUACUCAACAAAGAUGUCAAAAGUCAAAGAAUGUAAAGAUGGACUGAAUCCUAAAGCGGAGGUUAUAAAUAACUUUUUUUUUUUCCUGCUGAAUCUUCUUUGUUUGUAGUAUCAGAUUAUUAUUAUUCUUAUUAUUAUUGUUGCUCUCGCUUCAGUUUGACUCAUCCAGAUGUCACACGUUUUGUUUUUUUCUUAAGUUGCUGUGUCUUCCUGAUAAAACAUGACACUUUGUGAAUAAAUGCAUCACGAACAUGCAAAACAUGCAGCUGUCAGUGACAUUACAUGGCAUUGUGAGCGAGAUUGGGUCUUUAAAAAUGGCGUAUUUUCUCUUUUAAAUGUUCUGUAAAUUUUAUAGCAAAUGUAGUUUUUAGGUUAUUUUGGGGAGCUGUUCAUAUCUCAGAAGAAAAAAAUGGUCAUAUUUGUUGCAUUUUGGUGGCCCUGUAGGGCUUUAUUUUCUAAAAAGACUGCUUUAAUUGUACACAGGAUCCAUAUGAAUACUAACAGCCUGCUUGUUCAUAAGCACUCUGGUCUGGGUUUGUAUAGUCUGUUUGAAUUUGGGUAGGAGUCUGUCACAGGCCAUUAAAAUGUUGUAUUUCAUUAUAAAGUCA